AUGGGCAAGAAGCGGUGCACGACGCACAUCCCGAUGGAGCAUGUCAACCUCAGCUCAUACUUGGGCCUAUGCAGGGCUUGCCUCGCCAUUGCAUGUCGUAGCGAGGGCUCACCGCGGUCGAUCAAUGAGCUAGCUUCGGCGAUGGCUGAAGGCUCAGCGACAAGAAGGGAAAUCGCAAAGUUAACCGCGUGCAUCAGGAAGCACCUCGGGGAGGAGGGUGCCGGGCUGAUGGGCGUCAGUGUGGUGCGCGCAUUGAGCUAUCUAUGCCACUUUGGCAGGCAGCUUGAUAUGAGUGGUCAUGAAGUCGCGGUGGCCAAGGAGGCGGCGAGAUGGCUGGAGGAGGACGACCUUGGCGUGCGAAACACCGGCAAGUCCAUAGUGGUCGGCACAUACGUUGGAGACGUAUCACACGACAAUGACAAGAGGCUCGUCACCAAUGACGUGGUGAAGGUCACUGGCGUGUCGAUGCAUACCAUCCAGGUGGUGUGCAAGAAGUUGCGCCCGCACGCCGAGCUUCUCUUUGGAUGA